AUGUCGCCCAUGCAAAUGUCCGAUAGUGACAGUCCGUCACCUGCGAAAAGGUCACGGAGAUCUCACAAAAAGUCCCGGGCCGGAUGUAGGAAUUGCAAAAGACGCCGAAUCAAAUGCGAUGAAAGCAAGCCCGGCUGCCAGAACUGUGCCGACUUCAAGAUCCAUUGCGACUUUGACCCAAGACGGCCUGCCAUCGUCGAACCCACAAGCAGCCCCAGCCCCAACACACCCGUCCGCCGCCGCCGCGGCAGGCCACGCAAAGGAUGGGACACCAUCAGCUGCGCGUCGACGGCCACCAGCAGCGCAGCACCCAGCCCAGCAUUUGGCGAGAGCGCCUCUUCUCCACUACCGUCCGCCCUCAGCACCGCCCAAGACAUCCAGACAACCGGCCUGAACCUCGCAGACCUCGAACUCAUGCACCAGUACAGCGUCGCGACCUUCCACGAGCUCGGCCACGACGCCAUCGGCACCAUGUGGCGCAUCGCCGUCCCGCAGCUGGGCUUCGACCACCCCUGCGUGCUGCACAACGCCAUGGCCUUCGCCGCCAUGCACCUCGCGUACCUGCGUCCGACCCGGCGCGCCCACUACGCCGCGCUGGCCGCGCACCACUCGACCAUCGGCCUGCAGCAGACGUCCGAUUUACUCCUCCACCUCGCCCGCGAGAACUGCCACGCCAUCUACGUGUCGGCCGUGCUCGUCUGCUUCUACGUCUUCGCCAAGGGGCCGUCGCCGGGCGAUUUUCUGGUGUUUGGCGAACACGGCCCGUCCGAGUGGCUGCCGCUGCUCAAGGGCGUGCGCUGCAUCAUCGAGCUGUUCGGCCACGACGUGCUGUGGACGGGCCCCCUCGCCGCCAUGGGUAGUGGGCCCAGGACCGCGUCGCAGCCUAUCGCUGUCAAGUUCAGGAAGCCGCGUGUCGAUUGGGAGAGGCCGUUUGAUGACUUGCGCCAGCUCGUUGCGCUGUCUGGACACCCGGAUGCGCAGACGUAUAUGAAUGCGCUCGAGGGGCUGGCGCAGUGCUAUGAGGGCGUUUUUGGGAAGGGCCCGGAUGCGGAGUAUAAUGGGACGACGGCGAAUCAGGUCCAUUUGGGGUGGUUGUAUCGCAUGGAGGAACAGUUUGUGGUGUGCUUACAUCAGAAGCAUCCGCUGGCGUUGAUCAUAUUGGCGUAUUUCUCGCCGCUGUUGAAGUCGAUGGAGCCGCUUUGGUUUAUGGAGGGUUGGGCGGAGCAUUUGAUUGCGGGCGUGCAUGGGUUUGUGGAUCAGUCGCUUUGGAAUUGGCUGCAGUGGCCGAUGGACCAAGUUGAGAGAGCAUUUACGGCUCAACAAGUUGAUGUUGUUCUGGAAGGCUAA